AUGCACAUGCGCACUCUCUGUCUCCUCCUCCCCAUCCUCGCGGCGUCGGCCCAGGCGGCUCGCCUUCCCUUCCGUCGUGGCCAGGAGCCCGUCAACAAGGCCGAGAUCGUCACCCCCGAGCAGCUCGCUGGAACCAAGUUCCUCGAGCAGAACGAGACGUUCCUUGGCCGCCGCCGUGUCGCCCCCGUUACCCAGCGUCGCCGGGUGCGUCGCCGUAAGGGCGAGUCGACCACGUCGUCAGGCUCUGCCGACUGUGGUGGCUCUUCCAACUCGACUUCGUCGUCGGCCUCUUCGGACGACUGGUCGCCCUCUGCCACUUCGACCGAGUCGGCUCCUAGUGAGACCGAGUCGUCGUCGUUUAUCGGCUCGGGCGGCUGGGCCACUCCCAAGAACGAGACUACGACCACCACCGGCUACAACAGCCAGUCUACUGCUGCCAGCUGGGGCGAGUCGAGCUCUGCGACCGGCGAGUCCUCUUACUCGGCCACUUCGACCUCGAGCGCAAGUACCAGCCAGUCGACCUCUACCUGGCAGCUCGUCGACACCAUUGCGGGCUCCAACUUCUUCGACUCGCAGUACUGGACCUUCUGGGACUACUCGGACCCCACCCACGGCGACGUCAACUACGUCGACUCGGCCACCGCCUGGAGCGAUGGCCUUGUCUCCAUUGACUCGAACAACCGCGCCAUCAUGAAGGUCGAGACCACGGCUACCGUCUCGAGCGUCCGCAAGUCGGUUCGUCUCCACAGCAAUCGUGUCUGGACCGGUGGUAUGGUCCUCAUGGACGCCUACCACAUGCCUACCGGUUGUGGCACCUGGCCCGCUUGGUGGCAGAACGGCCCCAACUGGCCCCAGGGUGGCGAGAUUGACAUUCUUGAGGGUGUCAACACCAACACUCAGAACCAGGUCUCGCUCCACACUGGUGUCGGCUGCACCAUGCCCACCGACCUGUCCAGCGGCAUGUCCGGUACCAUCACCACCGGCAGCUGGGACUCGUACGACUGCUCGUCCACCAACACUGGCAACCAGGGCUGUGGUGUCAUGGACACUACCAGCGACAACUCGUACGGCACCAGCUUCAACAACAACGGUGGUGGUGUCUACGCCCUCGUCUGGGUCACCACUGGUAUCUCGGUCUGGUUCCACCCCCGCGGCUCGAUCCCCUCGGACAUUACCAACGGCUCUCCCGACACUUCCAACUGGGGCACUCCCAUCGCUCACUUCCCGUCGACCAACUGCAACAUGUACGAGUUCUUCUACGACCAGUUCAACAUCUUCGACACGACCCUGUGCGGUGACUGGGCCGGCUCGUCGGGCUCGUGGGAUUCGUGCGCCGCCUCGACCGGUUACUCUACGUGCUCGUCCUACGUCCAGAACGAGGGCGCCGCGUUCAGCGAGGCCUACUGGGCAAUCAACUCGGUGACAUACUACAACUCCACCAGCCUGGUGUAA